ACGCCCCACCAGUGGGAAGGAGGGACUGAAAAGCAUUUCCUUGAGGCUGGCACACCUUGUCGUUCCCAAAUUGUUCAUUUUUUUUUCUCCCUCUGGCUGGGCCAGUUGCAUCUGAGAGCAGAGCGGCCGGAGAAGGGACACGUGUGCUUCAAGAGAAAGGUGGAGGCUUGGGUGCUGCGUGGUGAUUCUACCCCUGAGGCCAGUGACCUGUCUCCUGGUAGUUCUAGCCCCUUCCUGACCCUCAUGCUCUCAGUGAAAGAUUGCUAGUUCUGGAAGCUAGACCCUUUUUCUCAAAAAGCAGAAGGUAGAAAAAUGAUUAAGAUGAGAUCCAGGAAGGUGAGCAAACAAAGAAAAUGAUCCAGGAUUCUAUGAUCUGAAUAACUCCAUUCUUGGGAAUUAUUCUCAGUGGUGCUCUGUGCAUUCUCUGAGGGCCAAGCAAAGGAGUGGACAGCUGUGUGGCCUGGGAGAUGAGAGGGGCAUGGCACGAAUACUACUGGAAUGCAGUCUCAGUGACAAGCUGUGUGUUGUCCGGGAGCAGCAGUACGAGAUUAUCAUCAUCCCAACCAUCCUGGUUGGGAUCUUCCUUAUCCUUCUUGCCGUCAUCCUGUGGCUUUUUAUCAGAGGUCAAAGAGCUCAGCAACAGUCUCCUGGACUCCGAGGCAUUGGCCCUGAACCUCCAUCUAGGGGCCUAAGCUGGGAGGCGGCAGGGCAUGGAGGAAGUGUGUUUGUGCCACUUAAAGAGACCUCGGUGGAGAGCCUCCUACGGACUACCACUCAUGCUCUGGCUAAGCUGCAGGUGCCCCGGGAGCAACUCUCUGAAGUUCUGGAGCAGAUCCACAAUGGUAGUUGUGGAGCCAUCUACCGAACCAAGAUGUACACGGGGGACCCUGCUAAGCCAAAGAGUGUUGUCCUCAAGGCUUUGGAAGAACCAACUGGGCUCCAGGAGGUACAGGAUUUCUUAGGGCGAGUCCAAUUCUAUCAGUACCUGGGGAAGCACAGGAACCUGGUGCAGCUGGAGGGCUGCUGCACGGAGAAGCUGCCGCUCUAUAUGGUGCUGGAGGAUGUGGCCCAAGGGGACCUGCUCAGCUUUCUCUGGACCUGUCGGCGGGAUAUAAUGACCAUGGAUGGCCUUCUCUAUGAUCUCACAGAAAAACAAGUCUAUCACAUUGGGAGGCAGGUUCUCCUGGCUUUGGAAUUUCUCCAGGAUAAGCAUCUGUUCCAUGGGGAUGUAGCAGCUAGGAAUAUCCUGAUCCAAAGUGAUCUUACUGCCAAGCUCUGUGGACUGGGCCUGGCUUAUGAAGUCCAUGCCCGAGGGGCCAUCCCAGCUACUCACUCUGUACCUCUCAAGUGGCUUGCCCCAGAACGGCUUCUGCUGAGACCAGCUGGCAUCAGAGGAGAUGUCUGGUCCUUUGGGAUCCUGCUUUAUGAGAUGGUGACUCUAGGGGCACCACCAUAUCCUGAAGUCCCUCCUACGAGCAUCUUACAGUAUCUCCAAAGAAGGAAGAUCAUGAAGAGACCCAGUAGUUGCACACAUACCAUGUAUGGUCUUAUGAAGUCUUGCUGGCGCUGGAAUGAGGAGAGCCGCCCCUCACUGAGAGAGCUGCACUCACGCGUAGAAAUCGCCACUCGAACUGCAGAUGACAAAGCUGUGUUGCAAGUACCUGAGUUAGUGGUGCCUGAACUGUAUGCAGCUGUGGCGGGAAUCAGUGUGGACAGCCUCUCCUACAGCUACAGCAUCCUCUAAAGAUCCUGGGGAAAGAAACAUUUAUGGGUGAUCACAUGCUAUUGGGAUGGAUUCAUCCAAGAAUUGGAGAAUAGCUUUCUUAGUGGGACAUAAAGGGAGAAAUAGGAUAUUCCUCUACACAUUUCCCUAGAUACCUGAAAUGAUCCUAGAUGAGGCUCUACACUCCAUUUACCCUGGAGACUGAGAAGGAGAGUUUCAUUUCUGCUGUCCCAACCCUGGAGUCCCAACCCUGGAGACCCAUGGUAGAUGAGGUGGAUGGUCCCAUUACAAAGCAAGUCUUAGGGAUCUACAAUGUUUGUCUGGCACUUGCACAAAUAAGCUGGUCCUCCCACCACAGGCCGAUGUCCACCUGAAGCAUGCUUUUAUCUAGAUUAUUUUAGGGUCCAGAGAAGUUGGAGUCAACUUAGGGAAUAGAGAGUCAAUAAAGAAGAUGAUGAAAAAUAAAAUCAAAGGUUCUCUUUGUUCAAGAGUACAGACAUGGACCAGGGUCAUCCUUCAAACAGAGGGUGGAGGAAGGAGAUGAAGUUCCUCAGCCCUGGUCUGUUCAUGUAGGACUGGAGGAGGACCACGAAGGAAAACUUCCAAGUUUCUUUGUGGGUAUAGAUAAGGGAGAGAUGGCUUCUUUUGAUCUACGAGACAAGUAAACUCUGCUGGGACUACUUUUAAUUAGAAGCUGGAGGGGUCCUUUCAUGAUUAACAACAUUCACCAGUUAUUGUUCAUCAGACUAGCUUCCUGGUCCCCGUAAAACUAGGGAAAUUGAGCCAAGAGAGUCCAUUAGGCUGUUAGGAAUACACAGUGGACCCUUGAACAACAUAGGUUUAAACUAUGUGGGUCCACUUAUACAUGGAGUUUUUUUCUUGAUAAAUACAGUGCAGGCUUAUCAAUGUAUUUCUCUUCCUUAUGAUUUUUUUCUAGCUUACUUUAUUAUAAGAAUACAUUAUAUAAUAUAUAGAACAUACAAAAUAUGUGUUGACUGUUUUUGGUAAGGUUUCUGGUCAACAGUGGCUAUUACUAGUUAAGUUUUGGGGGAUUCAAAAGUCAUACACAGAUUUCUGACUGUGCAGGGGUCGGCACACUUAAUUGCUGUGUUGUUCAAUGUACUAUGUACUAUAUGUGUGUUUAAUAAGUAAGAAAUGUGAAAGCCAAGAAAGAAUGCUUAGUUGUCCAGAAGGUCUUUGAAAGGAUUAUAAAAGGGUGCAAUCUGAGACAGAAGGAUAGUAGUUUCUGAUUCAAUCAUUUAUUGAUGUACUGUGAAGUUUAUUUAGUUAAAUUAAUAUGUAUUGAGUAAAGGAGGAUUUUUAUUGUACACAGCUGCCAAAAUCUCUACAAUAGGGAGGAUAAAAGUAAAUAAAUUAAAAAAGUAAAUAAAUGGAAGUUAAUGUCAACAGAAAAAUUCAAGAGACAGUCUACAUUGUCAGAAAACUGAUUCCUCAUGUGUGAAGUGGGGAUAAUACCUACACAUAAAGUUGUUGUGAGGACUGAACAAGAAUAUACAUUUGUAGAGUAUUGGGCUCAUAUGUGCUCAAUAAAUGGUAGUUUCCUUUCUUUUUCCA